CUUCUCUCCCCACGACAGCUGCCCCUCGCCUCUUCCGAACCGCUUUGCUAGCCUUACCGCGGCUGAAAUGAUGGUUCCUGGGCUCGAUAAUGCCGCUAUGGAGCAUCAUCUGAUGUGCAACGAGUGUGUGGCUGAGUCCAAGCCCACGAAUGCCUUCAGACUGCUCUUAUAUCCCCACUUCUUGAGUUGGUCCUCCUAGCCUCACUCGCAGUUUUCUGGUGCCUCCGUCCAUUGAUCAAGCCCCACCAUCCCCGAAGCUAUAGCCAUGAACGGAACCAAGAACACCUCUAUCUCUGCUCGCGCUAUCGUAGCGCAUGAGCCAAUCAAUGGCCAACCAAACUGGAAGCUGGAGAAUGUGACGUUGCGCGACCUGAAGCCCACCGAGCUGGUCGUGCGCAUGGUUUCUACUGGUCUCUGUCAUACGGACAUCGUCUUCUCGACGUGGCCAAAGGAGGCUAUUCCUUAUCCAAAGGUGCUGGGCCACGAGGGGGCCGGCAUUGUGCAGCAGAUCGGCUCCGAUGUGAAGAAUGCCAAAGUUGGGGACUCGGUACUGCUUUCAUUCCAAUCCUGUGCAGAUUGUAAAGAUUGCAACGACGGGCAUCCGUCUUACUGCCAACAAUUUUCUCCGCUCAACUAUGGCGGCGAGCAAGAAGUUUUUGAGAUUACAAAUGGUCCUAAGUCUGCCGGAACUUUCUUUGGACAGUCAUCCUUCGCAAGCCACACCAUCGUGAAGGAGUCUUCCAUCACGAAUGUCUCUUCAGUUGCGAAAGACGAAAAAGAACUCAAGCUCUUUGCCCCAUUUGGAUGCGGGUUUCAGACGGGCGUAGGCACAGUAGACAAGUUAACCGGUGCGGGAAAGAACGAUUCAAUAGUCAUCUUGGGACUCGGUGGUGUAGGACUCGCAGCAAUUAUGGCUGCAAAGUUGAAGGGGUGCAAGACUAUCAUCGGAGUGGACCGCUCCCAAGAAAGACUGGACAUGGCGAGCAAUUUCGGCGCGACGCACAUUAUCAACACGACUAAUCCGGCACUCAGCCUCGUGGAUGAAGUCAAAUCUCGAACGGGUGGCAAUGGUUCAAGUAUCACGAUAGAUACAACGGGAAACAUGGGUGUGAUUGGGAAUGGGAUGGACUUUACAGCAAACCGAGGCCAGAUGAUCAUACUCGGAGUCCCACCCGUCGAAGCUUCGCUAGGUGUCCAUCUCAUAUCUUUUAUGCAGACUGGAAAGUCGCUGCGUGGCAGCAUUGAAGGCGAUGUCACACCAUCUGAGUAUAUCCCGAAGAUGAUCCAGUGGUACCGAGAUGACAAGCUUCCGAUUGAUAAGCUUGUCAAAUUCUAUCCGGUUGAGGAAUUUGAGUCAGCGCUAGCUGAUAUGAAAAGUGCAGCAACUGUGAAGCCGGUUCUGGUAUGGUAAGGGCUUUGUAUUUGUAACAACUUGAAACUUUCAAGUCACUUGACCACCUGCAACCUUGGGCUAAAGUGUCUAACGAAUGCCAAUCUACUUGGUGUAUAUUUUACAAAUUUCCACGUGCCUUUAUGUACAGAAAGUCUCUCACAAAAUGCGAUUGGACUAAAGAGGCGACCAAUAGUUCCUAGCAAGUUUAUUCAACGUGCUAUUGAACAUCUUUCAACU